CCGCUCAUUGGCUGUUUCGAACGGCGCAGCCACUCUCUCCAGCUCCACGCACAACAUCACAUUCCUCACAAGAGAGAGUCGACGUCCACGCUGGCGCUCCAGUCUGUAUGGAGAUAUGAGUCCUCCUUGACCAACAAACAGCCCUGGACCAAAGAGAGGAAAGACACCAGAAUAGAGACCAGAAGCGUCCUUUCCUGCAACCUUUUUUCUUCUCGGAGCCUGCAACCCCCGAAUGAAGAAGUGACCCACCGGUGAUCGCACUCAUGGCUGUGCAAACUGGCCUGCAGGCGUGGUUCGGCGAGCGCUUCGACGCGCCCCUCCACUGCCCCCGCAGCCCCCUGGCCCAGCGCCAUGGCCCCGGCCUGGCCGACGUCUUCCAGUACGACCAGUGGCUGGCCGUCAGACACGAGGCCACCCUGGUGCCCAUGCAGGAGGACCUCGCCAUCUGGCUCAGCGGCAUGCUGGGCGCGGAGGUGCGGGCCGAGUUCUUCAUGGAGGAGCUGAACAACGGCGUGCGGCUGUGUCAGCUGAUCGGCGCGCUGAGGGAGAGGAUGGCCCAGAGCUGUCCUGCUGAGCUCUCCAAGCUGUUCCCCUCGCAGAAGGUGACCUUCAAGCGGGACGCGUCUCCGGGCUCCUUCUUCGCCCGGGACAACACGGCCAACUUCCUGGGCUGGUGCCGCAGCGUCGGCGUGGAGGAGACCUACCUGUUCGAGUCCGAGGGCCUGGUUCUGCACAAGGAGCCACGGCAAGUGUGUCUCUGCCUGCUGGCCAUCGGCCGCAUCGUGUCCAGGUACGGCGUGGAGCCCCCCGUCCUGGUGAAGCUGGAGAAGGAGAUCGAGCUGGAGGAGACCCUGCUGAGGAACCAGGCCCCCCCCAAGGCCGUCAAGACCUUCAGCGUGUGCUGCCAGCACGGGGGUCUCUACCAGCCCGGGGACCACGGGCUGGACGACCCCCCCUGUGACUGCGCCAACCGGGUGUCCAUCGAGUAUCUGUCAGAGGGGCGCUACAGGCUGGGGGAGAAGACCCUCUUCAUCAGGAUGCUCCAUGGGAAGCAUGUGAUGGUGCGCGUGGGGGGCGGCUGGGACACCCUGAGGGGCUUCCUGCUGAAGUACGACCCCCUGCGGACCCUCCAGUUCACCACGCUGGAGCAGAAGAUCCUGGCCUUCCAGAAGGGCCCGCCCGGCGUGGGCGGCCAUCGCCACGGCAACGGGGCCCACCACCUGCCCCCUCCGCCGCCCCCGGACAUGGACCCCCUGGCGGCCGUGGACGACCUCGUCUCCUCCUCGUCCUCUUCGUCGUCGUCGUCGUCCUCCUCGUCUUCGUCGCUGUCGGCCCCCGCCAGCUGCCGCGCCCACACCCCGUCCCCCGCCUGCACCCCCACUCUGCCCCGGAAGGGCGGGGCCCCCCACGGCCGCAGGAACGCGGGGGCGGCCCACGCCCCGCCCCCCAGGAAGCCCACGCAGCUGCCCCUGUCCACCACCCCCAAGGGCCCCGCCCUCGCCAAGGGCCCCGCCUCCCUGCCGGCCACGCCCCUCACCCCGGGCUCCUCGAAGCAGACCCCCAGUCCCACCGCGGGGCCCCAGGGGGCCCGGGCCCAGCGCCGUGCGGGGACCCCCUCCUCGUUGCCGGCCCCUCCCCCCAUCCCCUCCUCCUCCUCCUCUUCCUCCUCUUCGUCCUCCAAGCUGAAGCUGAGGGCGGGGCCCCGCGGUGGCCCCGCCCAGCCCCGGAGCCCCGUCUGCCCCGAGCCGUCCCGCAAAUGCCCCAAACCCUCCACCCCCACCGGGCCGCCGCCGCCCCCCGUCAUCGUCUGCCCCCCGACUCCUCAAGGGCCCGGCCCCGCCCCUGGGGACAAGGACGCGCGGCCCCCCACGGGCGCCAGCCAGCGCUCCCGCCUCACCACGCGGAGGCCCGCCUCCCCGUCCGCACGCCACCGCCUGGAGGCGGUCCGCAGGGCCCGCGCCGGCCCCCGCAAAGCGGCGGCUACCGCCAGCCCCGCCCCCAGAGCGGGAGGGGUGCUGGUGGUCCCGCAGGUCAGAACUCGGACCCCCGGACCGCGGGCUCGCUCCCCGAUGCCGGCGGCGUCCAAAGCCCCCUCCUCGCUCGUCAAGGGCACCGGCCUGGCCACGCCCACCCGUCCGGUCACGCCCACUGGUCGGGUCACUCCCACUGGUCGGGUCACGCCCACUGGCAUGGCCACACCCACUGGUCUGGCCACGCCCACCCGUCCGGUCACGCCCACUGGUCGGGUCACGCCCACUGGUCUGGCCACACCCACUGGUCUGGCCACGCCCACCUGUCCGGUCACGCCCACCUGUCUGGUCACGCCCACUAGUCGGGGCACGCCCACCGGCAUGGCCACACCCACUGGUCUGACCACGCCCACCAGCCAGGUCACGCCCACUGUUCUGGUCACGCCCACCAGCCUGGUCACGCCCACGCCGACCCUCCCCCUAGCGAACGCUCCUGGGCCGGUCUCCAAGGGCCCGGUCAAACCCGCACCGAAAGCCACGACGACGACCACGGCGAAGACCACGAAGGUCAACCGCAAGCAGGGGGUCCCGGCCAACCCCACCAACGCCAGGAAGGGGACCCCGAAACCCGAGGACGCUUCGCCGAGGAACCCGGUUCCCAAGAAGACCGGUCCCACCACGGGCAAGACGGCCCCCCAGGGAAAGAGCAAACGCACCGACCCUUACUUUGAAAUGGACACUAAGAAGAGCCAGAAACCGCCCGUCAAAACCCAAGCGCACGGGUAAAAGGAAGCGUGGAGGACCAGGACUCUUAUUUUGAAAAGCAACGCGACGUCUUCGUGAGCAAUAAUAAUAAUACGGUUGGACUCCGCUCUGAGGAGAGAAGGCGUCGGAGUCUGUUUCUGUAAUUCUCUCUUUUUACCAGCAGGCCUUUUUAUAGAUCAGCCUUUUAGAGCUUCCUCACAUCUCCUAUCAAACAGGGGAAUGCAGCACUUAGCGGCCAUGGAAACUGCGCCGUUACAUGCUCUAAACGUGUUGACAUUAAUCCUUUUAAUAAUCAAAAUGGUCGUCAAGUUUUGACAGGUUUAAUUUUCGUUUUUUUUUUUUUUACGUUUUGUGAUUUUAUUUCUGUUUUGGGAGUUGCUUUUGUUAUUUAAUUCAUUAACCAAAAAGGUCAUGAUUUUUGUAUGUUGUCUGUUUUGACGUUAACUCUUUGACGAUGAAUUUAGGUCAGUGGAAAUAACUGGUUAAACUCUUACCUUGCACAAUGUUUACAUUUAGCUGUUCAACUUUUAUUUUUGCUCUCCGAUUUAUUUUCCUCUGUGGAUUCUUAAACUGUUACAGCCAAUCCGUGGAUGAUGAUAUCUCAUCAUCAUCAUAUCAUCAUUUUUAAUGAUGCAUACCGCAGAUCAGAUCCAAGUUAGUUCAGCUGUAAAUGCUUUUAAGAUCCAUCAAUUUAGAUCAAGUAUUCCACGGAUAUCAGUUUUAAAGACGGGGAGAAGUGCUUCGUGUGUGUUAGUGUUAUUGUUUUGCUGUGUGGAAAAGCCAGCAAAGAAUAUCCGUCAGUCAUCAUUCACAGAAGCAGGGAUCUGGAACCAAAGUUUGGCAGACCGGCCGACUGGAACUGAAUCCAAGCCCUGGGAACUGGAGCUAAGGCCUGGUUAGCUCGCCAGUGAGAACAAGCACUCCACUGGCAGAGUCUACCGGGCUCUGAGCGUCCGUCAUGCGGGCUGUGAUCGUCCGUCAUGCGGGCUCAGCGUCCGUGUAGCGGGCUGCUAGCGCCCCUCAUGCGGGCUUUGAGCGUCUGUCAUUGCGGGCUGUGAGCGUCCGUCAUGCGGGGCUAUGAGCUUCUCAUCAAGCGGGAUCUGCUUGCUGUCGGCCUGAACCGCCAGUCGGAAGUAACCGGCCCGACCCCCUUCGUCGCGGCGUGCCUUUUUAACGAACGAACUCCUGCUCGUGUUUCACAGUGGGCGGCGUUGUAGAAUGUAUUGGGCGGGGUUUAAAGAGGGGUGGGGCUUGUUUUUGUUUUUAUUCGAGUACAUUGCACAGUGUAAUACAAGCACUCGCUGUGACCUUUGACCUCCGUGCGGAGGACGGGUUCACGGACGAACUUUUACUACUGAUCCAACUGCAGCUUCCUUAAGUGCGGGGACUAAUUAUGUUGUUUUGUGGGUUUCUAAUUUUUUGUUUUGUUGAACGUGAAUCAUAAUUAUAGAUAUUUUCAUGUAGUGGAUGUGUGUGUGUGUUUGUGUGCGUGUAUGGAUAUGUUUAGGCCUACUGUAUACGAGGAGUGAGGGUAUUUCAUUUUUGGCACUUUAUGGAAAACGUGUGUUUGUCACAUUUUGAAUGUUUAUUCUGUCUGUCCGUCUCAAUCUCUCUCUUUCUGUGUCUCUCGACCUCUCUUGCUCUCUGUCAAAGUGACGUCAUUUGAUUAAUAAAUGAAUGUUUAAAAACGACGUGACCGUAUACUGAUUAUUUAAAAUCAUCUUCCAGAUGGCCUAUUCUGAAAAAGGCUUUUUAAAUCAAAACAUUGUACAAACUUUCAUUUGACACAACCUAACAUGUAGCUUCGGUUAAAUUAUCCAUUUGAAAAAAUUGAUGUGCGCUAUAAAGGAAAAGCAGGCGUCGGAGGGGAUAAUGUUUCCAAGUUCAACACAACAUGGUUCAGUGUGAAGUCAACCACCCACAUCGGAUGUGGAAACCGUCAACCACCACAUACCAAAGAACAUAAUAAAUCCAUCAUCCUCGAGGAUCUGAACUAAGUCCAAUGCAAAACUAUCAGAACGUUGCUGCCCCCUAGUGACUAACGACGAGGCCCCCUACUGUUCAGAACACGCAACGCACCGUCUUUGGUAUGAAAUAGAAGCCUACCUUAUUCACCUUAGUGUAAGACCACCGCUGGAGUA